CCCCGCAGGCCCCGGGGCGGCUGCUGGAGUGGUUUUUGCCGCCGCCGCCAGGGCCGCGCCGCCGGAGCCCCGCCGAGGAGCCGCCGCCGCCGCCGGGGACGGAUCCCAGGGAGAAAGAACAAGAAACACAAAAAGAGGAACGUUUGAUGGAAGAAAAGAAAAAGAAAAAGCAGGAAGAAAAGAAAAAGAAGGAAGGUGCUCAGAAAAAGGCCGCUGAUCAAAAAACCAAAGUGCCAGAACCUACUAAGACCUGUUCAAGCCAGCCCCAACCUGCCGGGACCAGUACCAGUACUUCCACCAGCACUCUCUCCAGCAGCAGCAAUGGCAAACGUGCGUCUGCCGGCGGCCAGCAGCCAGCUGCAUCCCGUUACCUGCCUCGCGAGGUGCCUCCACGCUUCCGCCAGCAAGAACAGAAGCAGCUGUUAAAGAGAGGUCAGCCACUGCCCACAGGGUCUCUGACCAGCGUGAGCCCCACCCAGGGUGCUGGGCCUGCAGGGCUGAGCCCUCCCCCGCUGCCUGGAGCCGGAGCACAGCCGCACCCCAGCAAGCCCCAGCCAGAAAUCAGCCACAGCGGGCUGGCAGAGCAUUAUGAAAGUUCCCACUGGGGACAGCAGCCCGCAUACAGAAGCGAAGCCAGCGGCAGCUGGGAUAAAGUGAUAAUAGACAGGACCGAUAAGGAGGCGUGGCCUUCCAUCGCGGGAACAGAGGCCGAAUCUGCCUCAGAAUGUACGACAGACACUGACUGUACCUCCAGCUGUGGCUCAGAGAACAGUAGCAUGGCUACAGGGAGUGCCCAGGGCAGCUUCACUGGACACACCAAGAAGACGAACGGCAAUAAUGGCCCCAGCGGCGCACUCGUCCAAAGCCCUUCCAAUCAGAGUGCCCUUGGGGCGGCGGGAGCAAACGGGAACGGAAACGCAGCCAGAGUGUGGGGCGUAGCCACGGGCUCCAGCUCCGGCCUGGCUCACUGCUCCCUCAGCGGUGGGGAUGGAAAGAUGGACAACAUGAUCGGAGACGGGAGAAGUCAGAGCUGCUGGGGCGCUUCCAACUCCAGUGCUGGCAUUCAUCUUAACCUUAAUCCCAGUGCCAACCCAGCUGCCUGGCCUGUACUUGGACAUGAAGGAACUGUGGCGACAGGCAACCCUUCCAGUAUUUGCAGUCCAGUCAGUGCCGUAGGUCAAAACAUGGGCAACCAGAAUGGGAACCCAGCGGGCACUUUAGGUGCUUGGGGAAACUUGCUGCCGCAAGAGAGCACAGAACCACAGACGUCCACUUCUCAGAAUGUGUCUUUCAGCGUACAACCUCAGAACCUUAACACUGAUGGACCAAAUAACACUAACCCCCUGAACUCUUCACCAAACCCUAUCACUGCAGUGCAGACAAACGGACUGCCAAACUGGGGCAUGGCUGUGGGUAUGGGGGCCAUAAUCCCGCCCCACCUGCAAGGCCUUCCUGGUGCUAACGGAUCAUCAGUUUCUCAAGUCAGUGGGGGUGGCAGCGAAGGAAUCAGCAAUUCUGUGUGGGGACUGUCCCCAGGUAACCCUGCCACAGGAAAUAGCAAUUCUGGGUUCAAUCAGGGGAAUGGCGACACUGUGAACUCAGCAUCAAGUGCUAAGCAGAAUGGCUCCAGCAGUGCUGUGCACAAGGAGGGAAACGGAGGGAACGCGUGGGAUUCGGGACCUCCUGCCGGUCCUGGCAUCCUCGCCUGGGGGCGGGGCAGUGGCAACCAUGGCGUCGGUAACCUCCAUUCGGGAGCUUGGGGCCACCCCAGCCGAAGCCCCUCUAACGGGGUGAACGGGGACUGGGGAAAGCCCCCAAACCAGCAUUCCAGUAGCGACAUCAAUGGGAAAGGCUCAACAGGGUGGGAGAGUCCUAGCGUCGGCAGCCAGAAUCCUGCCACACAGCCUGGCAGCGAACACACGAACUCUUGGGCCAAAGCUGCAUCUUCUGGAACGACAGCAAGUGAAGGAAGCAGCGACGGUUCUGGCAGCCACAACGAAGGAAGCGCUGGGAGGGAAGGAACAGAAGGCCGAAGGCGAGACAAAGGGAUUCUAGACCAAGGGCACAUCCAAUUGCCAAGGAACGAUCUUGACCCAAGAGUUCUGUCUAAUACUGGUUGGGGACAGACUCCAGUAAAGCAAAACACUGCCUGGGAAUUUGAAGAAUCCCCAAGGUCUGAGAGAAAGAAUGACAAUGGGACAGAGGCCUGGGGUUGUGCAGCUACUCAGCCUUCCAACUCAGGGGGGAAGAACGAUGGGUCCAUCAUGAACAGUACAAAUACCUCUUCAGUAUCGGGGUGGGUCAGCUCACCACCUGCUGCUGCGCCAGCAAACACAGGUUGGGGAGAUAGCAGCAGCAAAGCGCCAAAUGGCCCCGGGGUUUGGGGGGACACGAUAAGCUCUACUGCUGUUAAUAAUGCUGCUGCGGCCAAGAGUGGCCACGCUUGGAGUGGGACCGUAAAUCAGGAGGACAAGUCACCCACCUGGGGUGAGCCUCAAAAACCCAGAUCUCAGAACUGGGGAGAUGGACACAAAUCGAAUCCAGCCUGGAGCGCAGGAGGGGGAGAUUGGGCAGACUCGUCUUCUGUCCUUGGACACUUGGGGGAUGGGAAAAAAAACGGCUCCGGAUGGGAUGCUGACAGUAAUCGAUCAGGGUCUGGCUGGAAUGAGGCUCCAAGGUCCGUGACCAGUGGCUGGGGCAAUGGCACAAAUGCAAAGGUGAAUCCAGGGACAAGCUGGGGGGAGUCUUUAAAGCCCGGCCCCCAACCGAACUGGGCGAGCAAACCCCAAGACAGCAGUGCGAGUAACUGGGGAGGAGCCACUUCCGUUAGGCAGACAGGAGCAGGGUGGAUUGGGGGACCGGUCCCUGUCAAACAGAAGGACAGCAGUGAGGCCACGGGCUGGGAGGAACCUUCCCCGCCAUCUAUUCGACGCAAAAUGGAAAUUGAUGACGGUACCUCAGCUUGGGGCGACCCGAGCAACUACAACAAUAAAACUGUAAACAUGUGGGACAGAAACAACCCGGGCAUCCAGAGCAGUGCCUCGGCCAGCAGCACCACCAGCACCGGCACCACCACCGUGAGCACCAGCGCAGACGUGGCCGAGGCGCCCCCGACGCACCCGGCCAGCGCCCAGCUGAACCGAUCGCCGCUGCUCGGUCCAGUUUCGUCAGGCUGGGGAGAAAUGCCUAAUGUUCAUUCAAAGGCUGAAAACUCUUGGGGAGAGCCAUCCUCCCCUUCUACCCUGGUUGAUAACGGCACAGCAGCAUGGGGCAAGCCGCCCAGCAGCGGCAGUGGAUGGGGGGACCAGCCCACCGAGCCGGCGGUGACGUUUGGAAGAGCCGGUGCCCCCGCUGCCGCCCCAGCCCUGUGCAAACCAGCUUCAAAAUCUAUGCAAGAAGGCUGGGGCAGCGGCGGGGAUGAUGCGAACCUCGGUGCCGGUCAGUGGGAAGACGAGGACGGGGGCAUGUGGAACAACGCCGCUUCCCAAGAAAGCACCUCCUCCUGCAGCUCCUGGGGGAACGCCCCCAAAAAAGGACUCCAAAAGGGCAUGAAAACAUCUGGCAAGCAGGACGAGGCCUGGAUCAUGACCCGGCUGAUCAAACAACUCACAGACAUGGGCUUCCCGAGAGAGCCAGCUGAAGAGGCCUUGAAGAGUAAUAAUAUGAAUCUUGACCAGGCCAUGAGCGCUCUGCUGGAAAAGAAGGUGGACGUGGACAAGCGUGGACUGGGAGUGACCGACUACAAUGGGAUGGUCACCAAGCCGCUUGGCUGCCGCCCACCGAUCUCCAAAGAGUCUUCCGCGGACCGCCCCACCUUCCUGGACAAGGAUGGCGGCCUCGUGGAAGAGCCCACGACUUCACCAUUUUUGCCUUCACCAAGCCUGAAGCUCCCCCUUUCCAACAGUGCACUCCCUAAUCAGGCCCUGGGCGGGAUUGCCUCAGGGCUGGGCAUGCAAAACUUGAAUUCUUCUAGACAGACACCGAGUGGCAAUCUGGGCAUGUUUGGCAGCAGCGGAGCAGCACCAGCGAGGACCAUGCAGCAGCCGCCACAGCCGCCCGUGCAGCCCCUGAGCUCCUCCCAGCCCAGUCUCCGUGCUCAAGUGCCUCAGUUUCUAUCCCCUCAGGUUCAAGCACAGCUUUUGCAGUUUGCAGCAAAAAACAUUGGUCUCAACCCUGCACUAUUAACCUCGCCAAUUAAUCCUCAGCAUAUGACGAUGUUGAACCAGCUCUAUCAGCUGCAGCUGGCGUACCAACGUUUACAGAUCCAGCAGCAGAUGCUACAGGCCCAGCGGAACGUUUCCGGACCCAUGAGACAACAGGAGCAGCAAGUUGCGCGCACAAUCACUAACCUGCAGCAGCAGAUCCAGCAGCACCAGCGCCAGCUGGCCCAGGCCCUGCUCGUGAAGCCGCCGCCGCCCCCGCCGCACCUGUCUCUGCACCCCUCUGCAGGCAAAUCGGCCCUGGACAGCUUCCCCCCCCACCCCCAGGCCCCCGGCCUCCCCGACCUGCAGACCAAAGAGCAGCAGUCUUCACCCAGCACCUUCGCUCCCUACCCUCUCGGUGAGUCCGGGUCGACGCCAACCGCGUGCGCCUGGCGGGGCUGAAAUAGCCGGGCAGAAAUGCAGUUCCAGGCAAAACCAGAGCGAGGCUGUCUCCAAUCUCCUUCGUAAGGGAGGGACCCUAGCUGUCUUCGCAGAGCAAGAAUUUUGCUGUGCCCAUAAGUGCUUUCAGUAUAAAAUCUUUGAAAGUAGUACCAGAAUGAUCUCCUCUCCACUGUUGAAUCGGUGCUUUGUUCCAUCCCUGGCUCUCUCCAGCCUGAACUGCUGGGAACAGGAAAGGUGUGCAGAUUUCCGUGAACCAGACACUUCUUAAAAAGCCAUGGUUGUCCACACAAGUCCUAU